AUGGAAAAGCUAACUGAUGUUGACUGGGAUGUGCUGAUCUCCGGUACUGGCCUGCCACAGUCUCUUCUUGCACUAGCACUAUCUCGUUCAGGCAAAAAAAUUCUUCAUGUUGACAAACAUGGCUAUUAUGGCGGCUCUGAGGCAGCCUUCACCCUUCACGAGGCUGAAGACUGGGUGAAAAAGAUCAACGAGGCUCCGGGCUCUAUUCCUUUUGAGGCCGCCUCAAUUUUCUCCACCCCACCAGCGGGGGACAACGGCAAAUUAUCACCUUCAAGGGCAUAUACACUGUCAUUGUCUCCGCAACUUAUAUACUCCCGUUCGAGGCUAAUUCCAUAUCUUGUUUCGUCGAGAAUAUACCAACAAUUGGAAUUCCUGGCAGUAGGGAGUGUGUGGGUGUUCAGGGCCGCAUCCGAUCCAGCAGGAUCUGUGUCUUUGGAUCGAGUCCCUGGAAGUCGAGAAGAUGUCUUCGCUGACGACAGCAUGUCGAACAAGUCGAAACGAACGCUGAUGAAGUUUUUAAGACAUCUUGCUCAACCACUUCAGGAAGAUGGGACAAAUGAAGGGGACAGCACCCUUGACAACAGCCUGGAUAUUCCUUUUUCACAAUACCUUGCGUCAAAGUUCCAGGUGCCUUUGGAGCUGCAUGACCCGCUAAUUUCUUUAUCCCUGUCUCCUCGUUCGUCAGAUGACACAAGCAGCAGCUACGCUCUCCGCAAUAUAAAAAGACAUUUGGGAUCAAUUGGCGUUUUUGGCGCUGGUUUCGGUGCUCUUCUUGCCAAGUGGGGUGGUGGCGCGGAGAUAUCACAGGUAGGAAGUCGCGCCUGUGCGGUUGGCGGUGGUGUGUACGUUCUGAAUAGGGGCGUAAGGCAUGUGGAAAUGCCAGCCACUGGUCAAAGAGACGGUGAUGAUCCACUACUGCGUGUGCAGCUCUCAGAUGGGGAGACUGUCAGCAGCAAGUUUGUUGUGGGAUCGCCAUGGGACUUACCAGCUGCAUCCGAAGCAGCAAUUGCCUCUUGCGCCAGGGUUGCCCGCGCCAUUAUGAUCGUGUCGUCUCCGCUGGAGAGGCUCUUCCCACCUACGUCAGAAGGCGGACCCAUCCCAGCUGGAGCUGUUGUGUUUGUCCCUGGAACAGCGGCUCGCAAGGGUCAACCCCCUGUCUACUUAAGCAUACACUCCAGCGAUACUGGGGAAUGUCCGAUCGGCCAAUGUGUAAUCUACGGCAGCACCCUUUUAACAGGCGAUGAUGAUGAUGAUGGGCAAUCCCUCAUCCAAUCCGCCACAACAAACCUCGUUACCUCCAUAGAUGCGAAUGCAAGAAUCCUCUGGAGUCUUCGAUACACGCAACUAGGUACCAUCAACGAGCCAUCAUCAUCUCCCUCUGCUACAGAAACACCCUCCGUUUUGAGCAGUCUGUCAGAUCGGGUAUUCUCCUUUGCACCGCCUAGUCUAGACCUAGCUUUCGAUGACGGAUUGAUCGACCAAGUACGAUCGGUCUGGGAAACGAUUACGGAUGGGGAUGUGGAGAGAGGGGAGUGUUUGCAAUUUGAAGAUCGCGAGGGGGUAGGGGAGGAUGGGGAAGGUGUUUUGAGUUGA